UACAACAAGCUACUACAUAGAAUAGAAUAUGAUUUUACCCUAAAAAGGCGAUUAAUGGCGUCGAUUUUCACGCAGUUCUCUUGAUUUCGUGUCGUGAAGUUAUUUUAGCUGUUGUAUGUUCAUAUUGGUGUUGUUCAAGGAUAUAUCAACAAAUCAAUUGUUGCCAUCAAAAGGUUGAAGAAUCAUGUCGGACGAGGAACAGGUGGUCUCGGAGACCCAGGUGCUCACGGCAGAGUUUAAAGAUGGUCAACUUGAAAUUGUGGAGGUGACUCCAUUUGACAAUGAGACUAACACAGUGGAAACUAUCCUUCCGGACAUGGCAAUGUCGGAGAGCAGCGAAGACCAGGAGCCUAAAUACCAGAUCCUCACGGACUCCUCGCGGGGUCUGAUGCACUUGGACCUCCUAAACCUGACCCUCGUCAAAUGCGCAGAUGGCGAGGAAUCAUACCGGCUCGUGACCAAUCAGGAGGCCGAAGGUGAACUAGGAGAGACUGUCACAUGCGUGCUGCAGUCUAGUGAUGGCGAGGGCGAAGACGCCCAAAACGCCUACGUAGACAAGAAACAAGUAUAUUUAACCAGAGAAGAUCAAGAUGAGUACGUGAUGGUGAAUGGGGAAGAUGGACCAGUGGUCAUUCUCAAAUCAUCGCUGAAAGGAGUCAAAACUGAAACCAGUGAUGCGCCACCAGAGAAACCUGAAAAACCAGUUAAGAAACCACUAACAGCUGUGGAGUUACUAGAAAAAGCGAAAGCGCUUCAAAAGGCCAGGGCACAGAUACAGACCCAGAAGCGUGGUCGCAAGCGCCGAGGCGCCCUGCCCCCGCCUCACGAGCUGUUAUCAUCGCCCAACUUCAAGCUGUUUCUGUAUUCAUGCAAGCUGUGCGCUUUCAAGUGUAACGCCAUCAAGGAGCUGACAGCGCAUAAGGUUGCGGAGCACGGGCCGGGCGGGGCGCGGCUGAAGGGCGCGCGCGCGGCCGCCACCACGCUGCAGUGCGCGCGCUGCCCCUUCCGCGGCGGCUCGCACUCGCAGUUAAUGAAACACGUGCAGGAGCAACAUUUAAAAGACACGAAUGCGGAAGUGUACCUGAACUCAGCGGAAGCGGAAGCGGCGGAUGUCCUGGUCUGUGGCGCGUGCGGGUUCGAGUCCGCGUCGAGACCCGAAUUCCGACGCCAUAUUGAAGACAAACAUAAUCAGAACCUGACGCUAUCGGUGCAGCAACAGCGAGAAAACGCCACCGCCACAUAUGAACUAGAUACGGAAAGAGACCGGGACGCGCAGGCCAUCUUCGAGAAAGCGCAGAAGAUCAACGAGGAACUGCAGGGGCAGGCUGAUGAUAAGGUGUACCGAGGAAUGAACAACUAUGCACAGUACUACAAGAAGCGAGACACAGCUGCAGGCAACGCUAGCUCCGGAUUAGUGCGAAAAGGUCCCAUUAGGGCUCCGGCAAAUUUGAGGGCCACUGUCAGAUGGGACUACCAACCUGACAUAUGUAAGGACUACAAGGAAACCGGUUUCUGUGGUUUUGGAGAUUCGUGUAAAUUCCUGCACGAUCGAUCGGAUUAUAAACACGGUUGGCAACUGGAGAGGGAGGAGGUAGCGCCCGAGGGGGGAGGGGGCGGGGACUCUGACUACGAGAUACAUAGUGAUGAUGAGUUGCCGUUCCGAUGUUUCAUAUGCCGGAGUAGUUUCACAGACCCCGUUGUCACAAAAUGUAAACACUACUUCUGUGAAAAAUGCGCCUUGGAAAACUACAAGAAAUCGACCCGUUGCUUCAUUUGCAACACUCAGACCAACGGAGUGUUUAACCCGGCGAAGGAACUGGAGGUUAAGCUGAAGCAGAGGGCCGAUGAUGAUGAUGAUGAUGACGAUGAUGACUGAUAAUAAAUUAUUUAAAAUA